AUGGCAAACAAACUGCACUACGCAAAGCCCGCAACGGAAUGGUCCCAGGCUCUCCCCAUCGGCAAUGGGCGACUGGGUGCUAUGGUGUAUGGGCGAACGACAACAGAAUUGUUGCAGUUGAAUGAGAACUCGGUUUGGUAUGGAGGACCACUGGAUCGUACACCUCGAGAUGCGUUGAAGAACUUACCUCGGUUACGAGAGUUGAUCCGAUCCGAACAACAUCAACAAGCGGAAGACCUCGUCCGAAAAGCAUUCUUUGCUACGCCGCAUAGUCAACGACAUUACGAGCCCUUGGGCACGUUCAUGCUCGACUUUGGACAUGUAGAGGCUGAUGUGACAAACUAUAGGAGGGAACUAGACCUGGAGACUGCGAUCACGAGUGUGCUCUAUGAGCAUGGCGGGGUCGAGUUCAGACGCAAGAUAUUCGCAAGUCAGCCAGAUGGCGUUCUGGUACUAAGCCUUGAAUCUUCGGUUAAGAGUAGAUUUACUCUCAGAUUGACGCGAGUGAGUGAGAGAGAGUACGAAACGAAUGACUUUGUCGAUUCUGUCGUGGCGGCAAAAGAUGGUACGAUCAUCAUGCAUGCGACACCUGGUGGACGGGGAAGUAAUAAACUUUGCUGUGCUGUGAAGGUAAAGUGUGAAGAAGAUGGAACUUUUGAGGUCGUAGGCGGUUGUCUUGUCGUUGAUUCGAAGAAGACGACCAUUGUUAUCUCAGCUCAAACUACUUAUCGAUGCGAUGAUGUUGAAUCUGCUACGUUAGGUGAUGUAAAUCGAGCACUUGGUCAAAAAUAUCUGCGAGAGAAUCAUCUUACAAACUACAGAGCGUUAUAUUCACGUAUGGAACUACAUCUUGGUGAGAACAAGUCUUACCUACCGACUGAUCAAAGGCUGCUUGGAGCCGUAGAUGCAAGUCUCAUUGCUCUUUACCACAACUUGGGUCGUUAUCUUCUCAUCUCAUGCAGUCGUCCCGGAUUCAAAGCUCUUCCAGCGACACUUCAAGGAAUCUGGAACCCUUCUUUUCAGCCAGCCUGGGGAAGCAAAUAUACCAUCAACAUCAACACUCAGAUGAACUACUGGCCCGCGAAUCUCUGCAACCUUUCUGAAUGCGAAUUGCCACUUUUUGAUCUGCUAGAGAGAAUGGCCGUUUGCGGAAAGAAAACUGCUGAGAUCAUGUAUGGCUGUCGAGGAUGGUGUGCUCACCACAAUACCGAUAUCUGGGCAGACACAGACCCCCAAGAUCGUUGGAUGCCUGCAACCGUCUGGCCACUUGCUGGUGCAUGGCUGUGUUACCAUAUCUGGGAGCAGUAUCAGUUCAAUGGCGACAAAGAAUUUCUAAAACGAAUGUAUCCCAUUCUGCGAGGGUCUGUUGAGUUCUUGGUCGAUUUCCUGAUUGAGGAUUCUUCUGGGAAUUAUCUUGUCACGAAUCCAUCUCUGUCUCCAGAAAACACCUUCCUAGGCGAAAGCAACACCAAAGGAGUUCUCUGUGAGGGGUCAACAAUCGACAUUCAGAUCAUUCGCGCCGUAUUCUCUGCUUUUAUCGGCACUGUCAACGAGUUGAACAUCUCCGACGAUCUCCUAACGACAGUCUUAGCUUCUCUCGACAGACUCCCGCCGAUGUCAAUCGGCUCCUUUGGGCAACUCCAAGAAUGGCAGAAAGAUUACAAGGAACACGAACCUGGACACAGACACACAUCACAUCUCUGGGCUCUCCACCCCGGGAAUGAGAUAGGUUUGACAAAAACACCUUCUCUAGCGGCAGCAAGUGCAGUAGUGCUUCACCGUCGUGCUGAACAUGGAGGUGGGCACACGGGAUGGAGUCGAGCUUGGCUGAUUAAUUUGCAUGCCCGGCUUGGCGAUGCCGAAGGAUGUUUGGAACAUAUUAGACGACUGUUGAAAGAUUCCACGCUGCCGAAUAUGCUGGAUAAUCACCCUCCAUUUCAGAUUGAUGGGAAUUUCGGUGGAUGUGCAGGCAUUAUUGAGAUGCUGAUACAGAGCCAUGAUGGAUAUAUCCACUUACUUCCAGCUUGCCCGAAGGAAUGGAGUUGUGGUUACUUGAAGGGAGUCAAGGCGCGAGGUGGCUUCGAAGUUACCUUUGAGUGGGUGGAUGAAGUCAUCAAAGAGCCAGUUCUCGUCAACUCUCGACUUGGAAAAGAUGGCAUUUUAAAGUUUCCUGGAGGGAAGAGAGUAGAGUUCACUGGGACAGGAGUGCAUUCUAUCUAUUCUACUUAG